GACUUGGCAGCCCUGAUACCCAGAUACAUAACCUUCAAAUGUAAUGUCAAAAUGGAAGAAAAAUAUUUUUAAAAGAUAAUUUAAAAAUAAACAUUAACUAUGAAUGGUUUAUUGAUAUUCGAUCAUUUAAAUGAUGUCGUUUAUACAAAAUAUAACGAAGAAUUUAUUCAACAUAUUAACAAUUUUGCCAUCGAACAAGAAAUAUUACCCGAGGAAGUAGCUACUAAUUCUAUAGAUGUUAAUAUAUUAAUACAAGCUUUCUCACCAAUCGUAACAUCACACAGGAUAAUGAGUUGUCAGUUUGGUAAUUCUUAUACUUCCAUAGAAUGUGAGAACAAUUUAACUGUAUACUUUGAAGAUUAUAUGGGAUAUUUAUUCCUAGCAAUAGGUAAAGAAAAAGUCGAUUAUAUGCAACGGUUCACUAAAAUAUGUGUAACGAUUGUUAGAUAUUUAUGCGGUCCAGAUGUAUAUCAGUUAAAAACAGAUAAUAAAAAAUCUAAAUUAACCAAUGAAUUGAUAGAUAAUUGGAGAAAAUUGAUAUGUUAUGAUCAAUCUGUAUACGUAGAAGCUGUUGAACAGCUUUUCAUCAAUUCCGAAUUGAGUUCUACAUCACUUAAAAUAUUAAGGGAAUCUGUGGAUAACAUUUCAGCUCAUGUUGAAUGUAAAAAAGUACAUGGUCUUAUUUUAGUCCAAAAUAAAAUACUAUCCCUUUAUUCAAGUGCAUCAGCUAAAGAACUAGCACCCUCAGAUAUAUUAUUUCUUACAAUAUUGUGCCAAAGUCUUAACCUAGCAGUAGAAGGAACAUAUUCCCAACCAAAAGUAUCGAGUUACCAAUUACUAUUGUCUGGUCCUGAAGACACUCCAAAAUGUUUGCCACACGCCGUUCAUAUCUUGCCCCAAACAAAUGGUAUUCAUUUGGUUUAUUUAGUCGAAAUUGGAAAUUCAGCAGUGUCUGCCAGUUUAUACGAAAGUUUUUCCUAUCUACAUACAUUGCAACAGGUACAAAUACAACGUGAUAAUCAAACGUUACAAUCAGCUUUUGAAAAUUUAGAAUUGGCAACCAAACGUUUACACGACAGUCUCAAAAAAACAAAAAACGUCACAGUAGAUAAUUCCCACAAGCAAUUAAUGAAAAAAUGGGAUAUAAUUAAGAAAAAAUAUCAAGAAUUCCUUAAAAAUAAUUCAGAAGAAGCACUAUUACGAGCGGAAACAUUAGCUUUGGGAUUUUUAGAGAAUUUAAAACAAUUAUUCAGUUUGACAUCGGUAGAUGACAGUAUUUUGAGUUGUAGUGCCAAAUAUGUGAUACAAGCAGCUUUGAAAGUUAAAGAGAAGAUAACUUUGUAUGAGGAUUUCUUCAAAGUCAAAAGUAUAAAGAAUUUCUCUAUUGAAUCUAGAGAUUCCCUAACAAUUAAUAAGUAUUUGGAAGAAUUUCCUGGUUUGGUACAUUUUUUAUACGUGGAUAGAAAUUCCCACAGGAUAACCACUCCCACUCUUGAUUUAGAUACAGAAGAAGGUAGAUUUAAUAAGAAAAAGAUAUGGUUAAUGCUAAGUGUAGCUAAAAGUAAACUUCAAAACGGUUUAAUGUCCAUAAUUUGGAAAGAUUUAAAUUACAGCUACGCGUAUUUUUUAUGGUUUGAAGAUACCAAUGGGCAAGCACUAAAACCAGUCGUUUUUCCUGAAGAAGUAUCAGGUUGGCCGGGUAUACUAUGCGAGGAUUUUUAUCAGAAGUUAAGGAAAAUCUGUUUCCCGAAGACACCACCUUCUAAAGUCCGAUGUUACGAAGUGUUUUGUCUACAUUUGGGGCUAGUAACAGCCUCGUUAGUAUUAGAGCAAACGAGAAGACUUGCGGCGACUAUUUCUGAAUUGAGGGGAUAUCCUCCAAGAGCUGUUGAUUUUUUUUAAUUAUAAAUCACUUCUAUUCUGGUGGAUAAUUGGAUAACAAUAGUAAAAACUAUUUUUAAGUGGUGGUAUAAUACAAUUUUUAAAUGUGUUACACCAAAAUUAUCUAUUGAAAUAACACAUCACUCAAUAAGUCGUGGGAGUAACUUCAAAAACACAUUUUUUGCCAAAAUUCAUCAAUGUAAUCUCCUUCAAAAGCAGUACAAUCAUUCUAACGCUUCGCAGAAUCUUUGAUAAAUAAACACACGAAAUUGUUUUCAAAAUAACAAAAGUAGCUUCACUUAAAUGGAUGUCACUUUUUUCUGACUAAUCGAAAUGUCAUGACAUUUGAAACAUAGUCUUUUAAAAGUUGAUACUUCAUAAACCUCAUAUGGAUUAAACAAUGGCAGCGCCAUCUGUGUGUCAGUCACCCGACUUAUUGAGUGAUAAGAGUGAUAAUUGUUUUUAUUUCAAUCAUAGUAGUGUUUAUGUACGUGAAUCAAUUUAAUCUUGUUGUCUUUAUUUAUUUCUGUGAUAUUUUUCAGUUAAUCACUGUAUACUUUUGUUAUUUUAUGAAUAAAAUCAUUUUGAAUGA